CUUCAUAAAAGUAUCCAUCUCUCAUUUUGUAUUCUUGCCCUCUUUCCAGUCGAUUGUGUUGGGCUUAAAUCGAUCAGACUACAUGUGGGACCAGAAGGAUGGACACACCUCUCUGAAACAGAUCGAAAUCAACACCAUUUCUGCUGGUGCUGGAGGUGCCGCCGCACGGAUGACUGAUGUACACCGACACAUCCUCAAGGUCACUGGACAGCUGGAAGAGAGCCAGCGCAUCAUUGAUAACAACCCUGCGGAAGGUCUGGCCAAGGCUUUGGCCAAGGCUUGGGAGCUCUACGGAUCAAGGCGAGCGGUUGUCAUGUUCCUGGUGGCGGAGAAUGAGAUCAAUAUCAUGGAUCAACGAGUAGUUGAGAAUGAGCUGUGGAAAAGGAAUAUUGCCACCAUACGAAAGCGUUUUGAAGAUGUCUCCGCAUCUGGAAACCUUGACAAGGACAAGAGACUGUUUGUUAAUUGUCAAGAAGUUGCAGUCGUGUACUUCAGGUACGGCUAUAUGCCUCAGAACUACAAGUCUGAAAAGGCCUGGGAUGCCCGCCUGAUGAUGGAGUGCUCUUUGGCUGUGAAGUGUCCGGAUAUCAGCACCCACCUGGCUGGAACAAAGAAGGUGCAGCAGGUGCUUGCUAAGCCCGGUGUUCUGGAGCAUUUCUUCCCCGAUCAGCCGCAAGUAGUGGAGCAAGUGAGGGCCACCUUUGCUGGCCUCUACACUCUAGACAUGGGAGCAGAAGGUGAUGAAACAGUAGCGAUGGCUUUGGCGACACCAGAUCGGUUUGUUCUGAAGCCUCAGCGAGAAGGAGGAGGAAACAACAUUUACGGACAAGAGAUCUGUGAAGUCCUUGGCAAAGUGAAGGGCAGUGCGGAGCGAAUGGCCUACAUAUUGAUGGAUAAGAUCCAGCCCGUGCCUACACGCAACUGCCUGCUCGGAAGAGGCAAGCCCCUCAAAAUAAGUUCUUGCCUAAGUGAGCUGGGCUUCUUCGGAGCCUAUGUCAGAUUGUUCCACACUGCGCUGAUGCAAGAUGCUCCAGCAGCUUUCAAUGGAUUGAUCUUCUGUUGCCGACCCUUGACCUCCAUGCCUCGAUAUUCUGUCUUGAAACCGUGGAUUACUGAGCAUUUCAUCACCUGGCUCCAAACCAGUUCCCUGGUCUUUGGACUCAUUAUCAAGGCUUUAACGUUUAAUGUUCUGUCCCAAAACUCUUCCCAAUCUUGAAGAACUCAUCUGGACUUUGAAGGUCACUGCACUUUUCCUUGGCAAUGAAGUUAAUUUAGCAGCUUGUGAACAUCACAUAACCAAAUCCACAAAA